CAAUUUCAAUCACAAGACCAUCGUAGCCAUAGAUUAUUUUAUUUCAUAAAACCUGGUAGUAGUAAAUUCGACUCUUCAUUUUCAAUAGAGUAUAUUUUAAAUUUAAAUUCGUGUUGUGUUUAAUGUGAAUGAAUGUGAUAUUUUUCUAUUACAAUGUCAUUUGUAUCAUUUACGAAGUUGUGAAAAGCUGGUGUCAAAGUGCAAACCAACUAAUGAAUGAUGCAGUCUAUUUUCUGGACUGGCAGACUGUUGUCACGUGCUAUUAGAAAUGGACUUGCAAGUUUAUCCAGUGCAGCUGAACUGAAUGUUUCGAAUAGAAAGCAUCCUUAUUUAGUGUCUGUUGUGUGUGGUUUUCCAAAAGACAUUGCCAAUGGACGAACACGAAAAGGACAAUUUGGUGACGACGCAUGGUUUUCCACUAACUUUCACAAUGCGGAUGUUAUUGGUGUCGCAGAUGGUGUUGGAGGAUGGCGUGCGUACGGCAUUGAUCCGGGCGAGUUCUCCUCGUAUCUCAUGAGGACAUGCGAGAGGCUAGUUCAGAUGGGUCAUUUCAAAUUGUCUGAACCAGGCGACCUGCUAGCCAAGUCCUACUAUGAAUUAUUGGAACACAAAAAGCCAAUAUUAGGUAGCAGUACGGCAUGCGUCAUGAUUCUCGACCGCAGCGAGAGCAUAAUGCGUGCGGCCAACAUUGGUGACAGCGGGUACAUGGUAGUGCGCGGGGGCAGGAUCGUCCAUCGAUCGCACGAGCAGCAACACUACUUCAACACACCUUACCAGCUCAGCCUGCCGCCGCCAGGACACGACAGGAACGUACUUAGUGAUAGGUAAGUCGAUUAUAAUUAC